CCCCAGGAGGAGCAAUAGGAGGGGGUAGAGGGUAGAGCAGCCAUUUUUGAAGGAACUGACUCCAUGGAAGUUUGCUGAUGUGAACUAACUUUCCCCUCUUUUUUCCCUUUUAUGAUCUGUGUUAAUUCCCUUCCUUCUAUUUAUCUCCAAUCUUGAUACAUUGUAUCAGAUCUUGAACUCUCGACACAAUGAGUGCCAAAGACACAUCAGCCCCUGUAGAGAAGUACAAGCUGGUUGUGGUUGGAGGAGGAGGAGUGGGCAAAAGUGCUUUAACAAUCCAGUUUAUCCAGGUAAGUUCUGGGGUCUUAAUGGUAAGUGGCUGGAUUCUGUUUUUGGAGUCUUGAGUAUAUAUUUUGGGGGAUAGUAGAGUUAAGAUGCUCAGUUUAACCAUUUGAUCACCAGGUUGUGCCUGACGCAUUGCUUUUACAAUCUGGUGAGUAACUCCUGGCACUCAAGGGGUUAAAUCGCCCCAAACUAAUCUUGGGGAGCAUCACGGUUACCAUUCGCCUGUUUUAAUAUCUCCAAGGGUCGUGUUUUUCUUUGUUUUUGUUUUCAUUGUAUUUUUGUACAGAAUUGCCGGAUUAGGAAAAUGUUAGUGACAAAGGGUUUUAAACGUGUCCUGGGGGUUAGUCUGUGUUAACGCUGUCUGUGCUGGACCAUUCAGAGGGGAUUGGGAGAAUGAAGUGCUGGGUACAUUGUGUGAUCUUUGCUGGGUAUACAUGGGCGAUCUAGGAGUGUGGAGCAAUGUAGGUAAAUCUGGUCCAUGCACCCCACCCAAAUAGUUUCAUUGUUGACCCUUUCAGUGCUGCGAGAAAAGGGAAGGAGGGCAUGGUUAUUACUGUAAGAACACAUUAUACUUAUUUUCGUUACUGCCCCCUCCCCCCCCAAAAAAAACCAAACAAACCGUAAAGUUCAUAAUUUAUUUCCUCAGAAAUUAAUGUGUAGUGUGAAAAAUAUUAAUUUUAUAAAUAUUAUGCUUAAAAUGAAGGGAGGAGGGGAGGGACGACAACAGUAAGCACAAAGACUGUAAGUAAGGCAUGGGGAGGCAAGUCUUCAUCCAUUUGUCAUUGAACUGUAGCUCCUUUGAUGUUUUGUAUGACAUGCUUAAAAUAUCAGUGGACCACAGAGCUUACAGUCUAAAGUUAAAAACAAGCAAAGGUAUUAUUAUUAUUAUUAUUAUUAUUAUUAUUGCGCCAGCAAAUUAAUGUUGCAGUAAGUCAUUAUAUUUUAAUUGUUUUUGCAAUUAAUUACUUAUGUACUCCAUUUAUAAUCCUUGAAUAACCCUCAAAUCCUUCUUAAUAACUUUCAAUCACACACGAAGUAAAAAUCAUGCUAUUGAAUUGUAAAUACACCCAGCAAUUAUUUUUUUUAUAUAUAGAUGACUUUCAUAUAACUGCUAGAAUGUAAGCUGUUUGGGUUAGUGUGCUCUUACUUAUUGCCUAUAUUGUACACAUGCCUUCCCUGUUAUUUUGUGUCUCACUGAAAAAACAAUGAUCGAUCAAUCAAUUUGUAAAAUACAUUCAAGAUAAAUGAAUAUUGUAAGCUAUAGCAUACAUUCCAAGUGUCCCUAUUUAGGAAGGGCAGUCCCUAUUUGGGCCCAAACCCUCUGUCCCGCUUUUCCAUUCCAAUGUCCCUCUUUUUUAGAAGCUCAUUGAUGUUUGAGUGUAUAACAGAGCUCCACAGCAAUACUACUCCUUGUGAUGUGCAUGUAAACUACCAUAACUGUGUUUAGAAGUCAGUCUGUGUAAAUAAGAUACAUUGUUCUUGUGCUAAAUUACAGUUUAGGUGCAAAAAUUGUAAUUUAUAACUUGCCUAAAAUUUUUCAGAACAGUUGCACCCCAGUUCACACAACUAAAAUGGGGGUGUCCCUCUUUAUAAAUUUAAAAUGUUGGGCGGUAUGUCUAGAGGCUGGUGCUCCAACUGCUAUGAAUUGCAACUCUCAUUAUGCUCAGACUGGAUCAAAGACAUAACAUCAUUCAUUGAACACCGUGACGCAAUGGGAAAACCUAUUGGUUGCAACUUGUUCCAGUUAAUGAGAAAAUGAAUGGGAAUUAGCCACAGACCCGUCAUACAUCCCCUGAAGUCUGCUUCUUAUGGUAAAUAAAUGUCUUACCCAAUUUAGUAAUCUUUCUGCAAAUCAUUGUGUAAUUAAACGAACAGCAGACAUCCCUGUCAUUUCACUUCCAUACAAAUUAACUUGUUUUGAUUAAAAAUUUUUUGCUAGGUUUGCAAGUUCCACUGUUCCUUGUCCAUUUAAUUAUGACUGUUUGACUCCGCGCUGUUGAGGACAUAAAGGACAACUGUCACCUUAAAACAAUAUUUUAAUAAAAUAAUCCUUUCUUCAAAUAUUAAAUUGAAUUUUUCUUAUUUUUUUUUUUUAUUGGAGUAAAUGAAAAAACUACUCAUCCCAUAUACAUGCAGUGUUUGAAACGGGGUUAAUCCCAUAAGUGAACAGCCAAACUGGAAAUGUUUGCUUGGUCAGCUAUACAUUCAGUUUGGCUACUCUGGUCUAAAAUUCGAAAUUCACUUUGAAUCUUUACUUCAGUAAAUAACCCUGUUAGUCUCUAUGGAGGUAAUGCAAAAACCAUAGAGUCUUAACUGUUGGCUUUCAAACACGGUCUGAACCAAGGUGCAUAUAUAGCAUUCAAUUAUUCCGUCAUAGCCUGAAGGUAGGGAUGAGUUGUUUUUUUGUUUAUUUUAUUUUUUUUAAAUCCAUUUCCUUUUUAAACUUGACGGAAAGAAUAUUCUGUUUAAAAAAGUUAGAGGUGACAUUUGUCCUUUUAGGUUUCUGCUGAAGAACAUAGACGUUGUAAUCCUUAAAAGGUCCCUAAAGGUUAGCUGUGACCAGGUUGAAACCCCCGUAAUUUGUCUUGAUUUCUGGUGUAUUGCAGAAUAGUCCAAGGCAGUGUUAAUGCCAGAGGGAGUGUUUUAUUCAAUGAUUACAUUUUAUAAUCUGCAGAUUGCGCAAGGUGUGCCCGAGGCAGCCUCUCCACUCUGCUGAUUAAUGUUCUUUCAGCGUUGCUCAUUAACCCCUUAUCUGAAUCAGGUGAAACAGUUCAAUUCAGCAUUUCCGUCGUCUUUUCAUAAAAACUUUUUUAUUUUUAAUAAUCUUAAAAAUAAAUAUAAAAAUAUAUAUUUAAACUGCAUUUUAUUUGAGGGUUCUGUCAACUGGCUAAUUUGGCUAUUUCCUAUGGUCUACCUUUUUGUGGUUGAUUCACUACACCUUAUUUUUGGACUAAGUGGGCUUAAAAUGUGAAAAGCUGAGGUUUUUCACCCCAGGUAUUUACAAAAAUAAAAAAAAUCCCCACACACCUGCAUAAAAGAGGUGCAUGUUGGAUAGGAUUGCCAUUUUGGCGGAGGCUUAUAUGAAUUCUUUUUGUCUCACAAUCUUGCUUCCUGGCAGAAAGUGAAAUCCACCAUUGUGAAAUCAAUUAACAAAACAGACACUAUCCAAAUAGAAUUGUUAACAUUAGUUAAUUUAGAACCUACAUUUCACAUUCGUGCUGAUCAGCACUUCAUGGUGUGUCAUACAGAAUGAAGAUUUAAAGGGAUACUAUAGGCACCCAGACCACUUCAUCUCAUUAAAGUGGUCUGAGCGCAAUGUACCUGUCCCACUUAGUCCUGUUAUGUAAAUCCUUGCAGCUUUUGAGGAUUAUCCUGUUGUGUCUAAGGUGUUUUUAGAAAGGAAAAAACAUGUUAGACACAACAGGGUAAUCUCUAAAGCCUGGACUGGUAGGGAGGUACUUGAGGACUGGUUUGGGAACCACUAGUGUAAGUAAUAUAACUUUGUACUCCUUACACUAUAGAAUCCCUUUAAGUUUCAAAAAGCAACAUAUUUUAAACCCUAUAUACCGUAUUCAGUGGAGUCUAAUACAGCAUUUGAAGCUCUCAUGAAUGGAUUAAUUUGGGGUUUCUGCUGCCAAAUCAUUUCCUGAUUGCCAGUGGCCUUGCAUUUUUGGAUGUCACACUUAUUCCUGUGCGAUGUUUUCCUCGAGUAAAAUUCACAAGUCAAUUCUUCCUUUUCACUUAGGAAAUCCAAAGAUUACAAGUGGUGUAUUUUAAUACAUCCUCUGAUUGCACUCAUUGCUGGUGACAUAGUCUGUAGUUGUCAUGCAUGAUGCAUAUUUUUACGUCAACUGUCUGCUUGACAUAUACAGGUCUACCACCCCUUGCCCAGACCAUUGACAGGGUCUUGCUUGAAGUAGACACAGAGAAACCAUUAAAGUUGCCCUCGGAAUUAGGAACAGAAUAAAUAUUUUUUUUCAAUUUAUUUUUUUAGUCAAAGUUUGAUAUUAUCUUUAAAUGAAUUCUGAAGUGUUUGUGUCUUUAACUUUCUUUUUUUAUAUUUUAAAGUGAGACUUAUUUCCAAAAUUCUCAUUACACUUCUUACUGUACUUUAUAUUAGUAUUAUUUUUUUUUUUUUUAUAGCAUUUCAAUGAAAUGCAAUUAAUCUCUGGGUGUAAUUCCGUCCAUGUGUAUUUAUUUGUUUUUGCAUACUUGUUGUUUUAUAGAAUAUUUUUUUAGAUCUCUGGUGAUUUAUGUGGACAUUGGUGGUAUGUUCACAUGUAACAUGAAAUCCUGUGUGUGCAAAUUCUACUGUAUUUCCUGAGUAGUUCUAUGUCACACAGUAUAUACUAGGAUCCCGCAUUCCAGUGCUGGGGAGGGGUGCGGUGUAUAUACAGGCUGUAGGCCAAAGAUUUUGUUUCUUUUCAGUGGAGAAGUGGUUAUAAAACAGCAGGCAACUUGGACGGUACUUAUCUAGUGGCCCCACCCUAGACAGAUCUGUUUCCUCAGGUGGUUAUGCUUUAAGCAGCAGAUUCUGUUUGCAUUUCUUGCAUCUUGCCAGUUAAUAAAUCCUGCAAUCAGCAAUUGAUUACUCAGACCUCAUGCUUAAUCAUUUGUUCAUGAUUGUUACUGCUCCACCUCAAAUCUUAGUCAAUCUCCUGUAUAGACCUGAUUAUUUUUUUUUUUUAACCCCCUUCGGUCCCACAGUUAGACAAAUCGUUUAUUGUUGUGCCAGUCCCCACAUGCUGUUUUUGAUACCAAAAGGCUUAAACGUUUGCGCCAGGCACACCCAGUGCCAAAUAGGUGUGCCUGACGCAUUUGGCACUCCUGUAGCACUGUAAAGGGUAAAAAGGCAUUCAGCGAGGGGCAAGCGGAAUAGGGGCUAGGACAGGUGUUGGCCUUUCCAAUGACUGGAUAUUUAAUUGUUUAUUGAUGCUAACAUGUACAGCAGUGCAGUUCAAUGGGAUUUGGUACCAAUAAGUAUCUUAUUGGUGCAAAUUUCAAAAAAGGGACAAUUUAUUUUAUUUAUCUUUAAAGUAACAGUCUCAAGGUGGAAUUUUAAUUUGAAACAUAUAUAAAAUGCUUCCUUCGGGUCUCUAUUGGAUACAAUGAAGACCUCCAGUGGCCAUACACUGCUUAAUGAUGACAGAUCUGAACUGAGCAUUUUUCGUAAGCAUGUCAGAUUAAAAAAUAAAAAGGUGAGGAAGAGAAACUUACACAUACCUUCCCCUAUUACCAUCAGUUUUGAGGUGUGGGCUUUCCCACUUUCUGUUAAAUUCUAUGUUUAAGAGUGACUAAAAAUAUCUUCUUCAUUCAGUGUUUGCCUAUUGUAUGGCACAACCACUUUUUGCAUUGCAACUCUUAUUAUCCACAGCUGGUCUGUUGAAGUUAAGUCUUUAUUAGGUUUAAAUACUCCUUUAAAUAUUAUCUCAAUGCGUUCAAUAAUGUUGCUAACUUACACCGCAUCCCAAGCCACCUCUGGUAUUGACGGCAUGUCAGUGGAUCCCAGAAGGUUGUAGUGGGUUUUAUAUCUUCUGCAAAACGUAAAAGAACACUGUAGGAUCAGGAACACAAACAUGUACUGGGCUGACCUCAUCAGACGUGAUUGUCUCUGCCAAUCACAAUGCUUUCACAUAGGAAACAUUGGAUUGGCUGAGACUGUCAAGGAGGUAGAUCAGGGACAGAGCCAGCUCAAGCCAAAUACAGCCCUGGCCGAUCAGCAUCUCCUUAUACAGAUGCAUUGAAUCAAUGCAUCUCUGAGGAAAGUUCAUUGUCUCCAUGCAGAGGGUGGAGACACUGAAUGUCAGUCACACUGUGCAGCACUGGCCCAGGAAGCACCUCUGGUGGCCAAUUGAGGUAUCUCUAGGCUGUAAUGUAAACUCUACCUUUACUCAGAAAAGACAGUGUUUUCUGCAAAAAGCCUGAAGGUAAUGAUUCUACUCACCAAAACAGAUACAAUAAGCUGUAUUUGUUCUGGUGACUAUAGUGUCCCUUUAAAACAGGGAUGUCUAAAAUGUUGAAACCCAGAUGUUGUAAAAAUGUAACUCACAUGAUGCUUUAAUAGCCUUUUGAAUAGCCACGUUUAAUUAAAAUUGACAUUCUCAAACAUGUAAGUAAUCUACCCUUUUGGGCACAACUGAGUUUAAAGACAACUGUUUUAUUUUAUUUUUUUCCUUUUCCACACUAUUAUUUACCGGUACUCUUAUGACCAUGGAUUUUUCUAUUUGACGUUUUUUUUACAGGCUGCAUAAUGUAAGAGCUUUCUAAACAAAAUAAAACAUUGAUUUGGUUCCAAGAGACUAAUCUAUAAUGCUUAUUAAUAGAGUGACUGGGAUCUUUGAUCUGUGUUUUAAACCAUUUGUUAAGCACUUACAUAAAAUAUUGUGCUUAUUUUUGUACCCAAGGCCAGGCAGUGUAGCAGUUUUUUGGCCCUUUAUCCUUACUUCAGUUUGCUAGCUGCCACCAUAGAUCAUCAGAUUGUAGCAAUAUUCCAGGUCCAAUAAAAAUAGUCUGCUAUAUUUUUAAUGUAAUAAUCCUUUGAACAAGUAUUGAAAGUUUUAAAUGAGUUAUAUGUAAGACAGAUAAGAAAACCUUUAUUCCAACCUUUAGUACGUGACAUAUCCUUCAGUCAUAUACAGAAACCUUGGUCAGACCGGCUCUACGAUCUUCCAUGCUUCACUUCCUGCACAUAAGCAGGGAAAACCAUAGAGACUAACUGUCAGUGUUCAAACACUGUCCGACCCAAGGUGCAUGCAUAUGGCUGAAGGAUUCUGUCAUAUACGAACGGUUAGAUUCAUUUUUCAAAUUGUUUUACAUAUACCCAAUUUUUAAUUUUUUUUUCCUAAAUUCUAUUUUCUUUCAAUACUUGAUGAAGUAAGUCGAGCAUUGUUUAAGACAGACUGUGCAAGUUGAUGAAGAAUGUUGAGUUAGUCGAAAUGAAGGAGCAGAGUUAGGGGAACCAGUGAACAACCAACAUUAAAGCUUUCUACGUAGGAUUAUGUUUUCCAUGAACCAUGGGCAAGGUGGGUUUUGUCUUUUACAAAGGAUGACUAUAUAUUGAUGGCAGGGAUUCAUAGCCUGGUUCAAUUGACCUCUUUUUGGAAAGUCUUGUUUUCUUGACAAUGAAUGAUUUUGGCAGGAACUGGGCUUUUUCAGGAACUCAUCCCAAACUAAACUCUUAUCUCAAGAUUCACUUAAAGGGACAAUCCACUGGACAAAAUAAAAAUCACUCAUUAGUAGUUAUACACCAAAUUUUGUCAUCGGGGAUAUAUCCAGCGUCCGGUAAAACACCAAAGGAAAGCAUUGAUACAAUGCAUCCCAGUGGAGUGGUACUAAUGCAAGUGCAGUGAUUGCUGCCCAUGCACAUCAGAUCGCCCCAGCUCGCUGACAUUGGUGGAAGAGCAGAGGUGGAGCCAGACCCUGCACCGAGGGACAUUGGAGUUGGAUUCAGGUAAGUGACAAAAGGGUGUUUAACCCUUUCAUCACUACUGGGGUGGAGGGUCCAGCCAAUUGUGUAUUCCUAAUACUAUCCACAGGAAAGGAAUAGGAUCACAUGAGAUUUUCUCGUAGGAGAAGACCAUGUUUGGUGGUAAAAUAAAAAAAAAAUGUGAGUUUGAAUUGCUCAUCCCUUGUGAUUAGAAGAUAAUCCCCAACAUGCACCUGGUAAACACGUUCUGAUGAAAAAUAAAUACACAAUAUGUUUGUUUAAAUUUUGAGGCCAGCAUGAGAAGUUCGUUUUGUAACUUUCCAUUUUUUUCUAAUUUUUUUUAUUUUUUUGGGGGGCCCAUUAGCUGUUUGAUCCACAUACCUAUGGUGUAAGGAGUUUAUAAGAUGUUGAAAUGUGUUGCAAAACUAAAACAUCUGAAUCCUUUUAAAUUUCUUAACAUAAGAAAGUGUGUGUAUGAUCAAAUAAGAUUUAUGUAGUGUAGUUCAUGUAAGAAAAUAAAUGUAAAUGCACAUUAAAAUGUCAUCCAUAUGACUUGUAGUCGGGUGCUUUUAAUAUUGAACGUGGUUGAAGCUUAAAGAAAUGCUAUAGGCACCCAGAUCACUUCAUGUCAAUCCUAUGGGAAAGCAUUGGAUAGGCUGAGAUCAACAAGAUUGAUAAUCUCAGCCAAGGUGGCUACACAUCAGAAACCAGCAUUGCGAGGAAGAAAGGAACAUUAUAAUGUCAGGAAUACAAAAAUACUAUAGUGCUGGAAUGCAGUGCAGGCCCCGUCUUCAUUGCUGAGGUUAUAAAUCUUGAUGAUCUCAGCCAAACCAAGGAAACUAUUGCGCAUGCGCAGCAAAAUGCCAAGCUGCACCAAUCAGCGUCUCCUCAUACAAACGCAAUGAAUCAAUGCAUCUCUAUGGGAAGCGUUCAGCCCAGUGCUGUACACUGCAGCACUGACACAAGAAGGACCUCUAGUGGCUGUCUGAGUGACUAUGUUACCAGCCAGCAAAACCUGAAAAAGCAGUGUUUACAGUUCUAAAACUGCAAGUACAUGCAAUAGACACCAGAACCAGUACAUUAAGCUAUAGUGGUUCUGGUGACUACAGUGUCCCUUUAACCCUGGAAGCAGGGACCUGUUCACUUAAACCAGUCAACCUGGUCACUACCCCCCAGUUUGAGAUUUCAGGUGGACGGUGGUGGGUUCUGCAGAAAAUACCUAAUGGGCCUCGAUGGCCGUGGACCAGUGCUGGUAGGGGAGAUCCUUUCAUCUCCCCUGCCGGCCCAUGCAGAGCCAGUCUGGAUGUAGGCCCUCUUGGACAUAAUUAUUAUUUUUUUUUUUUAGUUUUUUUUUUUUUUUAUAAACCGCCCUUUGUUCAAAAAACAAAACAAAAACAAUUGCUGCACUGGUUGGCAGGAAGGAAAUUUAUGCCAUCAACAAAGAUACAAAAGUGGAUGGUAGGUAUUAAAAGGUGAACUACCCCUGACUUAAAUAAUGACUAGGGCACUAUUAGCAAUACAUAUUUGUAUUCCUAAUGCUAUAGCGUUCCUUUUAAAUGAUUAGAUACAAAAUGGCACUGAAAUGUGUUGUUACCAGGUUACUGAUGAGGAAACACAGCAAAAUACUUUUGGUGGUGCCAAACAAAAGUAGAAUUGAACAGUUUGAAAAAAUGUUUCGGGGAAGCUUUUGUAAAAUUUACCUAAAUUUCAGUGAUGGCUGGUCCAUAGGGAGAGGUGAGGCAGCACCUUGGUAAAAAAUAUUGCUAAAAGAAAAUGUUUAUUAAAAAAUUUAAUAAAGAAUCAAAAAGUCUGUCAUGAUUAUUACGGCAGUUUCCAUCUCCUCUUUAUUAAUGAGUGGAGAUGCUGCUGAGAGGCCAAGCAACUUAUUCAUGUAGACUUUAUUUUUAAUUUUUUUUUUUUUUUUUUUUACAAAAACCCCAAUUAAGAUUUCUGAUAUCAGAAUCUUUAUGAAAUAAACAUAACUCUGUGUUUGGAAUUUCACUGAAAUUGCAACCCAGUCAAGAGAUAGACAGACAGAUACUUAAUCUCUCUCUGUAUUUCACCUCGACCUGACUUUUUUUAGACUCAGGGUGGAAAGCAUUGGAUUGGCUGAGAUCAUCGAGAUUGUUGAUCUCGGCUAUGGAAGCGGAACCAUCCGUGAAGAGAUGGGCACCGCAUGGGAGAAAAGGCAAGUAAUAUCACCUUUCUCAUGCGAUCUAAGGGAGGCCGAGGACCUAAAUGAUUAGGUAAACACUAUAGUGUUAGAAAUACAUGUUUGUUACUUAACAUAAAUGAAGUGCAAUCAGGUAGUCCUUGGCAGUAAGAGCAUAUAGUGCCAGGUGGCUGGCUGUUGCUUAAAGUCAAACUGUCUCAUUUUAGGUCAAAAUAGGAGAAUAAGACACGUAGCUGACUUGGAGAUUUGUUUUUGGCAAUUUCGUUAUUAUGGCAUAAAUGUGAAAUUCACUGUGAAUCCCUGACAAUUCACACUUUAGUAAAUAAUUCUGAAGAUAUAGAUGGAGCUUUGGCGGAACCACCGCCUGUUCGUGGGUUUUCCCUCUCUUUUACAUGUAUUCCCCCAGUAUGUUCACUUAUUGUGACCAUUCAUUCACCUCCCGAACGGUGACCGCCCCAAUCCCUCAUUUAGAAUGUUAGGUUAGAAUGUUCCCACCUCGCAACUUUGGUAUCAAAACCGUAAGGGAAACAAUUGAGUGCUUCCCUGGGUCGUCGCCGUUCGUAUAAACGAACGUCAUAAGGGAGAGCAUUUGUGGAUUGUUUCCCGCCUCAUUUGUUUCCCGAACGACCUCCCCGGUGCCCUAUUACAACUUUCACUCCAAUUAAUCAGAACGUUUGCACUCGCAACAUAGGUGUGAAUCCGCAAAGGAAGUCAAUAAUGGGUGCUUCCCUGGGUUGCUGACUAUCCUUCCAGGGGGAGCAUUCAUACCCCGAACAGGGACGCUUCCCUUGUCUUGGUUUCACACCAGGACCUCGCAAACGGAGACUAGUCAAUCAAGGGACCAAGGUGAGGGUCCCUGAGAUUGGUGUGGGUACUUUUAGGGCACUGGCGAGUUUUGCAAGCUCUCAUGGGCCUGAGGGACAAAGAGACUAGCUCUUUUCCCGUGGGCGAGCUUUUCUGUUGCCUGUGAGACAAAGGGACAGUCCCUUUUUCCCGUGCCAAGACUCCCAGUCACAGAAGCUCUUGGGAAGAAAACCCCUGGCGGUUGGUAUGGGAAAUCCUGUGGGUUUAGUGGCGGGCUUUGGGGACAAAGGGAGCAGUAUACCUUCCCCGCACUAGCUCCCCAGGGAGGGAGAGGAUCUUGGAAUGUGUCCUUGCAUGUUUGUACGGUAAACCUCUUGCAUAGGGUUAUGCAUAAAAGCGGUGUGUGGCCAAUAAAAUUGUUGUACCUCCAGGAGUGUGUGUCGUCUAGUUACUGGGGGGGAUGAAAAUGGGUCUCCUUAUGCCCUAACCGGUUCCCGGACGGCUAAAGUAAGGCAAUUAGCGGCGGUAACCAGUUGGGUUACCCUAGGUCUGCUACCGGAGCUUACAAAUGGCCUUACAUAUUCAUGAUAGACUUUCUUCCUUAAACCUAUAUAUUCUACACUGAAAACCAAAGUAUCGUCACAGGAUAAUUCAUACAAUUAGGAGUGUUUCACUUAACAGAUUGACCAGGAUUUCCCAAAGGGUCCUCAAUUUGUGGAUUGUAACCAUUUAUUUGCCAGGAGGUAAAGUCCAGAGACUUAAUGUGGUCAUUGUUCCCAGGAGACCAAACUAUUCCAUUUUAUCUGCCUCCAGUCUCCAGACACCAUGCAGAGAUCCCCUGAUUAACAGGAUCAAGGCAUUUUCUCUCCUUUCAUCCUCCCUUCUCCUAACUUUUAAAGACUAUUAAUUAGGUGGUCUUUCCUCUCAUUUAAAACUAACCUUUGCUGCCCAUUCUCAUUCCUGUGUUGCACUUAAGUGGUUACUUUAGAAGAAGAGGCUUUUAAGGGGUUUUAAACCUUAUCCUUAUCAGCUCUCUGAUUUGUGUAUCAGCUGAUGGAAAAGCUGUUCACUUACAAGUCUUCUUAUUUAUAUUGUGCACGUGAGUGCGGCUGAAUUCCUGUUAACCCCACAAUCUUACAGGUCACUGAAGAAGACUCCAGCUGGAGUUAAAACAUGUUUGCUGCUAGACCAAAGUAUUGUAUCUGGGACUGUUUCUUAUUUACCCUACUGUGUUUUAUUUCGGCUUUGUGCCUAGUAUAUUUUACUAUUUAUAGACUGCUUAUUGUCCCUGUUUUAAUUGUUUAUUUGUUUAAUACAUUUUGGAUUCUGCACUUUGUAUCCUGUGCUGCUCUCCUCAAGGAUAUCGUUUUAGCCUUUUUAGGCACCCCCCUGCAAAUUAUAUAGAGCCUGUGAGUUUUAUUCUACAUACGGGGUCUAUCAUUAUACAUAUAUAUACACAUUUUGCACAUGUUAUGUUUUUUGUGGUUUUUAGAUUGAUCCCAAAUUGUCACUUCGUUGACCGGUGCAGUAUUUAUUCUAUCGUUUUACGUUUGGCUCCCUGGUUUUUCUUUAACCACUUGUAUAUAUCUGACAAAAAAAAAGUAGCUUUUAUGUGCACAUUUGGAAACUCUUCUGGGUUCGGCAUGUGAUUCUGGCACAUGUAGGUGACCCCUUCUUCAGUGAGAAGAAAAGGGAGGGGUACACACUCUGGUUGCUUACACAUAUUGUUUGUGCCCUCUAUUUUGAAGUUUACUCCAUCCUUUUGUAAGUGCUCCUGUCUAUCGAAACAAACCAACCAAAAACAUUAUCAGCCAUUCCGAUUUCUGGGUUAAUUGUUCUCUGGUGUGCUAAUGUCUUGAAUUUGCAGCACAAUUAAGAUUUUGGCUAUUGCAAACAAAUGGUAAAGGGGGUACUGCAAUAGAGGAAGGUCAAUUCCUAAUUGAUUCCCGGUCCACCUUUAAACGCUAAAUUUGGCCCCGACUUGCGCCUUAAUAUGUAAGACACAAAUAAAACCAUUUGGAGCAACUUUAGUUUCUGCACAGAAACAUUUCUCCGUGUCCUAUUGUGACGCACAGUAUCCCUUUUAAUUCUGCUGAUUAUUAAGAUGUAUGUUCGUUAAUCACAUCAGUUGGAUUCAUAUGUUGUAAACUAAUAGGACUUAAUGUUAUAUAAAUUAAAUUACAAAAAAAAAAUCCAGCCACUAGCUAAAACAAUCUAGGAAAUAAUCUUAUUACUCACACACGUGAUACAUUAACGGACAAUGCAGCAGCGGCAGGAUGGGAAAGAGCGAUUUCGAGAGCCUACUGGAAUAAACAUCGUUAAAAAUGUAGUUCGUAGCAUUCCAUUUAGUUUAACUCUUUGUAGAGCCAGAAUUGUUAGCAAUGCGUUAUGUGCUCAGUGUAUUGACCGUCCUCUACGGAUAAAACUAGAAGCACUCUAAGUACCAUAACCACUACAGUUAAUUGUUGUGGUUAUCCUCUGAGCCCACGGUUGCAUAGAUAGCAGGUUGUUCAUGGAAAGGAGAGGUCCAUAGGUUUCUAACACCAUAACCAUUGUUAUUUGAUGUUACGAAUGUGCUAUUUUUCUAUUCCUCUUCUUCUGUCUUUCUCGCUUGCCAGAGACUGUUUUCCUCUUGUGUUCCAAAGAAGCAGAACAGCAUGAUUUUGCCCUUCAGUAUUUAAAUGGUUACCCCAAGACCACUUGUGUGAUUUGAAGUGGUUAUGGUGCCUGGAGUCUGUAGCUGCAGCAUUUCAUUAUGAAACACUACCCAUACAAACUUUAAAGGACCACUCUAGGCACCCAGACCACUUCAGCUUAAUGAAGUGGUCUGGGUGCCAGGUCCAGCUAGGGAUAACCCAUUUUUUCAUAAACAUAGCAGUUUCAGAGAAACUGCUAUGUUUAUGAAUGGGUUAAGCCUUCCCCCUAAUCCUCUAGUGGCUGUAUCAUUGACAGCCACUAGAGGCGCUUGCGUGCUUCUCACUGUGAUUUUCACAGUGAGAGCACGCAAGCGUCCAUAGGAAAGCAUUGUAAAUGCUUUCCUAUGCACCGGCUGAAUGCGCCGCAUUCAGCCGACGGGGAGGGAGGAUCGAGGAGGAGCUCUCCCCAGCGCUGGAAAAAGGUAAGUUUAACCCCUUUUCCCCUUUCCAGAGCCGGGCGGGAGGGGGUCCCUGAGGGUGGGGGCACCCUCAGGGCACUAUAGUGCCAGGAAAACUAGUAUGUUUUCCUGGCACUAUAGUGGUCCUUUAACUCCUUAGCUGUGGUUGUUAUGAUACUUGGAGUAAACCAUUAAUCUAAAUCUAAACACAUUCAUUGUAUUUUAAAGACACAUUAUUGGGAGUAUUAUGGCUGUGGAGCUCUGUUUUGCACUAAGACACACCAACAAUAUGGAGCUCCUAAAAAAGAGGGACAGAGGUAUUUGUCCCAAAAUAAGGACUGUCCCUCCUUUAAUUUUCCAUAUUUUGUACAGGUGGAACACAAAUAUCGCACAUCAGUCUUGGUUAUUUAUUUUUAUUUGCCUGAAAAUAAAAAAAGCUCAUAAAUAUUUAUUCAUUAAAUGGUGAAUUGUGUUGAGUUGAGAACUGCAUAGCAAAAAAUUUUUUUUUUGUGCAAAUAAAUUAUUUUGGUCUAGUUUUUUUGCAUUUAAAUUCAUUACCAUUCACUGUUUCUUGUUUAAAGUAUAUACACCUUGUAGUCUUUUUUUGUUUUAAAUUUGAUACAUUUAAAUGGUUUUUAGCAACACAUGUGGAUAUCCGAGUAAUUUCUUGGUUGGUAUGAAAAUGUAUGCUAUGCCACUCUGCACCAGAUGUAUAAAUGACAGAGCAGUCCUUCACCCCCCCCCGUCCUCCCCCCCCAUACUCUGUGUAUAUAUAAGCUCACCCCCAAAAGCUCAGUUCAAUGCGCCAUAGUGCCCCAGUGCAAAGCAUUAUGGGAGGAAAUGGAUAUUCACGCAUCUGUUUGAGUUGGCCAUGUUUCUAGUCUUACUGCUAUUUUAACCAUACGAGAUAAUCUCACUGCCAGCCAAAUGUGCAGCCACUGUAUAUAAGAAAACAUUUCAAGUAUGUAACCCCUUAUCAAGGCCGGAAUGACAAUAUUACUGUGUAGUUAGUCUGGCGGUACGUGGCCACUAGUACCCUAAACCCGGUUAAACAAAAUAUUUACGUAUGCAUUCACUCUGCAGCUGGAUAUUAAAACUCCACGUGGGUUAUAGUAAAAAAAAAAAAAAAUUUAAAAAAUUAUUCCAAAUUUUGUAAAACAUCACAGACAGGGAAAAUUAAAGGUGGGGAUACCAAAAAUACCUUAAAUCAGCAUAUUUUUGCUGUUAAGAAUUUUAUUUGCUAGUUUCUGUAACCAAUGAACCCUCAGAGUCUCCAUUCUGUUACAGAACUUCGAUUGUGUUGACCCCUAUACAACAUUCUUCAUCAAAGAACCCUAUUUAACUAAAACUGCUCCCAGCUGUGGAAUGAUGUAUUGUUCCUGUGGAGAUCAAUGAGGUCUUUCAGGUGAGUCACAAGAUGACUCUGUGAAAUUAAAUUUUCACCUGUAGGGUGUGAACUGGAGUGAGCUAUUGCAAAACAAUACAGUGCUUUUCCAAACUAAAUGGGGGGCCCGUGUGUACAGUGUGUUGUACUUGCAGUACAGAGCUGUAACGCAAUACAAAAAAAUGGCACAGAGCAGGGAUAUACUUUGCAAAAUUCACCCUUGUGCUUUUGUGACUUGUUUAGAGUGAUUCCUUCCACUUUUCUUUGUUGAUCUCUGCACUUUCUCAUAAUUUAUUUUCAGAACAUAUUCAAUACCCAGGGUGGUCCACUUUUCUUCUAGAUGGUCUGUCUGGAACUGUGGCUUUUUUGAUUAUUUCAUUGGUCAUUUCUGAACAAACCUAUUGUAGUUUAAAGUUCUAUCACUGUACAUUUUAUGGCUGUGGAACGUACAUACAUUUGUAUACACACCCAAGAUUCACUUUGAGGGAGGUAUACAACAAGUAUGUUUCUCCAAAGGCCACAUAUCCUGACAUUAGGCCCAAAGCUUCGAAAAAACACUGGUAGGGAUGGGAUUUAGGUGGAACACUGCACGUUUUACAUAUGAGAAAAACUAAACAAAGAAGUGACCUACAAUCUAAAUACUCCUGUCUAGCAUUAAAGUCACAGCCAGAAGCCAAUUUCCAUGACUUAAAAUGAUUUUCUUUUUCUCUUUCCUGGCUCGAGAUUGCUUCUGGAAUGAAUGGCGUGCUCAGCCAGAGCACAGAAUUUUUUCUUUUUUUUACCCACAGACUUAGCAUGCCUACCACAUAGUAUAUUGUUUCCUGUUCUAUUUUGGUCUGUACCACAGAUCUGAAUUGUAGAGGAAGAAUUACAAAUGAAUUUUUCCUAUCGACAGACCCUGCCAUUUCCAAGUGUGCUUGUUCCUCCCAAAGCAUCCUUGAUCUAAUGACCUGAUUCUUGCAGGCUGUGUCAGAGCUUCCUUUAAUCACUAAGUGAACUGACUGUGCUCUUAAGACUCAAGUAGUUAAAGGGACAUUUCAGCAUGGUUUACAGCAAUAUUUUAGAAUGCAAAAAGAAAUAUAUAAUAUUUAAGAUUUUCCCAUGAUAAGCCAUGCUAUAACAGUCAACUGCAGCACUUGUGUAGGUUAAAAGCUACUUGCGUAAAGAAAGCAUAAGCCCCCUCUAAAAUGACUACUCGAAAUACAUGUGAGCAUAGCUCAAUACCCAACUGACAUUCAAGGUAUCCUACAGUGCAUUUGCAGAAUAUGUGCUCGUUUGAGCAGGGUCCUCAACUCAGUGGUGGAUCCAGAGCCUGAUCUCGGGAUGGGCACUUGUAGAUUAUUUAAAGAAAUAUUCCAGGCACAAUAACCACUACAGCUCAGUGUAGUAGUUAUGGCACCCGUAGUGCCAGGAUCCCAUCCCAGAGUAAGUAGUCAAACCGUUUAAGAACAGUUUGACAACUUACCUGGGGUCUGCUGGGAUAUAGGGCAUAGGAGCAGUGGUAUGUGUUAGGGGUGAAUUGUGUGUAAAAGGUGAAGUGUAUGUCAGGGUUACAGUGUAUGUGUGGGGCAGUGUGUGUGUGUGUGUAUGUGUGUGUGUAUGGGGGGCAGUGCGUGUGUGUGUGUGUAUGGGGGGCAGUGUGUGUGUGUGUGUAUGGGGGCAGUGUGUGUGUGUGUGUGUGUGUGUAUGGGGGGCAGUGUGUGUGUGUAGUGUGUGUGUAUGGGGGCAGUGUUUGUGGGGCAGUGUGUGUGUGUGUGUGGGGGGCAGCGUGUGUAUGGGGGCAGUGUGUGUGUGUGCAUGGGGGGCAGUGUGUGUUUGUGUGUGUGUAUGGGGGCAGUGUGUGUUUUGGGGGCAGUGUUUGUGGGGCAGUGUGUAUGGGGGCAGUGUGUGUAUGGGGGCAGUGUGUGCAUGGGGGGCAGUGUGUGUAGUGUGUAUGAGGGGCUGUGUGUGUGUAUGGGGGAAGGAGGGUAGGGAGGCUUUAAAAAAAUUUUUUUUUUAAUUAAUAAAAUAUUCAUUAUGUCCCCCCUCCCUUCUUACCUUUACUGGGAGGAGGGGGGGGGGCAUUUCUGGAUCCCUGGUGGUUCCAGUGGUGGCGAGGUGAACUCUAGCCCGUGCUCCAUGCUCGCGAGAGGAGGAGCUGCAGGCCGAGCUCCCGGGUCCUCUCUCCCUCCCAUGCCAGCUGUCAGCACGGUGCCUGCGGACUGGGGAGGGAGAUCUAUCUCCCUCCCCGGUCGGCAGGCACAUUGCAGGGCUGGCACUUGGACAAUGCCAGUCCUGCAUUAGCCGGCAAGGGAGAAUCUCGGGGGGGUGGGGGGGCAAUUGCCCCGUUGCGCCCCCCCGGAUCUGCCACUGCCUCGACGACUCCUGUUGCUGUACGUCCAAUUUGUUUUGUUGCAACUACUAGCUUUUAGUCCAGCUGUUGUACAGCGCUGCAGAAUACGUUGGUGCUUUAUAAAUAAUAGAAUAAUAAUACAUAGGACAUUGUGGGGGUCCUGCUCUGCAGAUAGAUGCCUGUUUCCUAUGAUAUGGCUGCCAGAGACCCGGCAUAGUCAGUAGACCUCCAAGUCAAAUGUACUACUUUUUAUAAAUAUGUGAAAAAACAGACUGGCACUCAAAAUACCUAAUUUAUUACAAUGUAAAGGACAAAUGGCAUUCCUUAGCAUCCAUGUAAUUGUACGUUAAGUAAAGAGGUGUUUGUUUACUUAAUGGUCCCGUUCCCAGUCAUUUACUUUAAGCAACUGGAUGUCACUCUGGCCAGCAAACUAUGGGAGUCAUGUUCAAGUGUGUGUGUUUAUUUUUUUUUUUUCUUUCUGCCAUUUUAUAUAUUACUCUCUUUUGAUUUUUGUAUUUGCUCCUUUUUGGGUAAUGAUUCACCAAAUAAGACAGUAGGUGAUAAAGACCAAUAAAAAGGCUCGCUAUAGACCCACUGCUGUCCUGACCCGUAAACAAAAGGCCCGGUGCAGACUGUAUCUGCCAAUUGGUUUAAGGUCUGCUUCAAAGUAUCUGUGUCAUCACAUAGUUGCCUUCUCUUGAACUCUGAUACAAUUCAAACAUCCUGCUAUUUGCACGGUCAAUAAUUCUUGCUGUCUCUCAAAGUAGGAGGCUCAGAGUCUUGGAAUACAGUUGGGGUCAUAUUUCCGGUCUGUUUACUGUCCCCAGUCUUCUAAGAAUUGUAAAAAUGCUAGGGACACAGGACCACCCACAGCACAGCAAUAGUCCCUACUUGGUCUUAAAGGAGAAGAUCACUUUUCUGGAAAUUUAUGGCAUUGAAUAAACCUGUGAAAAUCGCCUGUAGCUCAAGUCAACCUUUUUUUCCUGUUGCCGUCACAAUGCUCUGUGUUAAUAUGGGGGCCAUCACAUCAGCCCUAUUGUCGUACAGUUUGUAGUAUCGAUCUGCCGUUUCUCUCACACCAUUAAUCGCACGCUGUAGAUGUAAAGACAUAACAGCACAUUAUGACCGCUGACUUACACUGACUCUCAGGUCCUGACAAGUUACCGGAGCUAUACAUUUCAGGCCGAGGCCUGCAGAAUACGUCACCUGCAGAUAAUGUACUCUUUCGCCUUCCUUGAGGAUACAAAUGUGACCUAAUACUGACUGCCUCAUACCUUUUUUUUUUAAGGGGCAAUUGAACACCUAUAAAUCACUUCAGCUUCCUGCUUUAUGGGUGAGGAGUAUCCCAUUAAAAACGCAUUUAAUAAAAGUAUUGUCUCUUUUAUUAAAUAGUGAAAGGUUUCCUUAUGGCUUCUGUUAAAGGAACACUAUGUAUUCCUAACACUAUGUUGUCCAUCUGCCUCUGCGUGCCCCCCAAUCAUGAAAGUAUUCACUUACCUGAUUCCAGAGCUGUGGUCUCUCGGGAUCCUCCUCCCACAACAUCAGGCAUCUGGGAUUUGUCCGCCUUUUACCUAAAGUGGCCAGUCUGGUGAACAAUGGUACCGGCUGGCUGACCACCCGCUCAGGAAGCUGUGUAGCCGGCUGCCCGGCGGGAGCAUGGAGGCGGCUGGCUCAGGAAGCUGUUUAGCUGGUCGCCCGCGGGAGGUAUGGAGGCGAAAGCUCAGCAAGCUGUGUAGCUGGCCAACCGGGGGGACAUAGAGGUGGCUAACUCGGGGUGCUUUGUAGCCGGCCGCCUGUUAUGGAGGCGGCAGGCUGGGGCAGCGUGCGAAGGAGCUGUCUUCCUGCAGCUCCUCUCUGCUCCCUCGCGCUGUGUAAUGGAGCCGGAAUAUGACAUAAUUCCGGACCCGGCAUGAUUUCAGACAGUGCGAGGGAGCAGAGAGGAGCUGUAGGAAGAUCACUGCUCCCUCGCACCCAGGAAUAUCAGCCCCACUGGGCCUCAGGGAAAGUCCACUCAGCUCUCUCAAAGGUAGGGAGGAUGGGUGGAUUAGACUUAAAAAUAUAAAUGUGUAAGUGUUAGAGAAAGUGUGUCUGUGUAUAUAUGUCUGUGUGUGUGUCUCUUUGAAAAGGCAGCGUUUACAUUGAAAAAGGCUACAGGACAGGCUAUAAGCACCAGAACAACUACAUUAAUCUGUAGUGGUUCUGGUGACUAUAUUGUCCCUUAAAAAAAACUGACUUUUUUUUUAGCUGGCUCCUAGAUUCCAAACAAAUUUGUCAAGCCCUGCCCUCAAUUAAUACAUGCCAAAAAAAUGCAGGUGUGUGUGUGUGUGUGUGUUCAUUGGAGAUAUAUCUACUAAACAGUCUUUUCCUUUAAAAAAAAUUAAAUUGCGGAGUGGUCCUUUAACAAACUGCGUAGUGAUUUUCUUUUUCCCACCACUUCUUUAAUAAUCUUUUGCUCUACCAGGUAGCUCACUGCUCCAAGUACAGUAUGAAAGGCUUGCGAAAAUUAGUACUUGGUAAAAUCCGCUCCGCUUUUCUUUUUCAGGUUUUUAGCCCUCAACCCCUCUGUUCCUGUAUGUCCAACUUGUCUGGUUACAACUGCAUGUCUGUUCGUCCACCCAUUGUAAAGCGCUGCGGAAUUUGAUGGCGCACUAUAAAUAUAAUAAUAACCGCAGUAAACAUUCAGCAAAUAUGACAAUUUUUUAUCUGUAAUACCGAGCUUUAUACAAUCUUUCUCUCCUUUUACUCUUCAUAUAUUUUGAUGGCAUAGGCACCGAGGGAGAUGGUACAGAAGCUUUGUUUAUAUACAAAAGAAGGUUAUUUUGUAUAAAUGUGUUUUCUCUGCUAUAAUUAUGGUUAUCCUUCUGGUAGUACAGUGCAUACUAACAGAUCAUUGCGUAGCCUAUUUGUGCAUACAUGUGGGGUUAAACUUUGACUUCGACUUUAUCAUUUUAAAUGUCCUUGAUUUGUAAACUUGAAAAGACAAUGAGUCUGUUAUGUUUUGUAUAUUUUUUUUUAUUUCCUCCAUGUGCAAUGUGCUGUUGAGUCCAAGAUAUGAACACGUUGCUGUUCUCGAUUGUUAAAGGUGACAGAAUUGACCGUUAUUGUUGCACAGUGGUUACUGAAUAAGAUGCAUUUUACAAAACAUUGAAUACCCUGAAUGUGGCCCGUCUAUAGCCCUCAGGGCCUGGUAUUUCCUGUAUUUGUCUGGCACUGUUUGUUUUUAUUAUUGAGAAGGCUCUGUGCCAUUCAGAAACCUGGGCUAAACCUGUAGGAUUUGUACCAGUUGGUGCUACCCACAUAACUAACGGACAUUGUGAAAUUCUGUAGAUAAAUGCUAUGCUGUAUCUUGGCUAUAAAUACCAAUGUCAUAAAAUUUAAAGGGGAUUUAUCGUUCAGCAAUAUGUUUAUAUCCUGUUUUAUUCAUCCUCUAUAUUUAACUGAUAUGGUUUGUUUGUGUUUUUUUGAGUACCUCCAUCUUUGCUCCCCGUUAUUCAUUGUUUUACGCUCUGUCAUUUUCUGUGACCAUUUUCAUUUUUCCUUUUGUUAAUGACCACACACAAAGAGGCAGAAAUUAAAUGUUAGGCCCGUAGGAUUGGGCUUGGAAAUAGUAUUAAUUAAAUGGGUGUAGACUAGGAGACAACACCUUAAUUACAUAUACCAUUAUGUGCCUGUGCCCUAGAGACACUAGAAUUCUAAUGAAUCCAAGCAAUGAGCUAGUGACCUCUGAAUUAAGGUAGAGAGCUGAGCCAACCUAGUGCUGUGAUUAUCUAGAAUAUGUUAAGAGUUCAUCUAGGCUAGUAAACACUAGCCUUGAAACAUGCUGCCCAAAUGUUUUGCUAUUACAGGACAGUUCUGAUUUCAGGGUCCUGUCCUGCCAUCCUACAUUUUGUUCCCUGUUGUUCUGCAUUCGGGGGCACCUGGGAGCUGUCCUUGUGCAGCCCAGAGCCAGCACUUCAUUACAUGCGCUUGUGCUGUGCAGCAGGCAUUCGGACCAUACACACAGGGCCUGAUGGGAGUCUGUCUGUGAACCUGGCAGCCUUGAUGCCAGCCUGACAUGCCCUUCAGUGGGUGGACCUGCAAACCUUUCCCUAGGAAGGCCUGUCGUCCCAUUCCCCUUCUUCCUGUUGCAAAAUUUGGAGGUAUGCAUUGAUUUUACAGUUUUCCUUUCCUUAUGCACCCCUGUAUCUUCAUGCUUAUCUUCAGGUCUUCACCCUUGACUUUUUAUCUUUUUUAUUUAUUUUUUUUUUUUUUAUCUUUUCUUCCUUGCGCUGGAUCUCAAUGUCUGUGUGCAACCAUUUUGUUCUUUAGCGCCCAUGUCGUCUGCAGUUUGCACUUUUGUUGGAUUCAUUUUACUGAUCGAUUGUGGGUAAAUUCUGAUUGGCACUUCAACCCGAACCUUUCUUCGAGCUUAAUUCCUUGUCACGUUUUCUCAACUUGACUGCUAUACAUGUGGGGGGAAAAAAAGUAGUUCUUGUAUUUCUGUAUGUAUUCUCUGAAAACUAGAGAGCUUAGGAAACACAAAGAGUUAUAUAGAAGCAGAUUAGAUAACGGUUAUUCAUAGUGACAGAACUGCCAUGUUGGAUUUAGGCCGUGUCCACCUGCAAUCCCGGUUGGAUCGUGAUUAACUUUUAUACAGUACACAAUUAUCUCCUCUAUCUGUGUGUGUAUUCUAAAACAUGUGUUUAUGAUAAGGCUUAUAAUGUUUGAGUUUAGAAUGUCAAUUACUGAGCUUCUAGCCAAGGGGAAGACAGUAAGUCCUAUCAGCACUAUCUUGGCAGCUGUGAGUGUCACACAGGGAAGUUGCUGUGUGAUGGUAUAUUUGUCUUUUCAAUGGGUGAAAAUAGCUGUGGGGUUUCAGUAACAAGGGUGUGUUGUAUUAGAUUCUCUGUGUGAAACAGGCCCCGGGCAGUUCUGUCUGUUAGUCUGUGUGAAUCUGAUAGAACUAUCUGUUUGUCAGAGAUUGAGGUCAUUCUGCUAAAGAUACAGGACUGCAACAUUUACCCAGAGAGCAAGUCGCAAAAACAAUAAGUAAUUAAACACACGGAUAAUACAAUCCAUUGAAAUGUAUUACUUCUGUAAAUGUACUGUGAAGCUCCUUCCUGAAUUGUUGCAUUUCUGUGAUAACCACGCAGUUCGUUUUGUUGUAUGUUGAAGCUGUUUUAAGGAUUGGCCCUAACUCUUGGUUAAUUUUUAUUUGUAAUUUAAGGAUGCUACAUUUUAUUUUUCUAGGGUUUAGGUUUUUGUUUUGUUUUUUAUCCACUUUCUUUAGAAAUGUUUCCAAAGUUUCCAACUUUGUGCUCAGCUCAUUCAGUUAUUUAAAUUAAAAGAAGCUACCAUAAGCAGCUAUUUGAGUAUUUAAAACAUAUUUUUGUCCUAGAGGGUCCUUAGACCGCGCCUGGGUCCGUAGAGAACUCCCUGGUCCUCUCUCUUCCCUCUCCUCUCCACUCCCCACCCUACAGUCCUUCCACAAGCUUUUCUGUCCUUGGAUGGUUCUAGAAACUAAGUAGGCUUACCUAGGAAGUUUUAAAGGGGGGGGGGGGAAAACUCAUCAUAUCGGGGUCUUUCACAUGAUUAUACAAUCUUCCCAGGGUAUGGACACGUGUUCCGCUAGAGCCAAGGGAUCUUUCUGUCCUAUAUUUCUCUUCUACUAAUUUUUUCGACUAUACUUAAAAACAAAACAACAAAUGAAAAAUGUGGGUUUCAUAUAGGUAUCGAUAACAAGGUGUGUGAAUAUUCUAAUGACGUGAAUUAAAGAUAUGAUGUUCUGUUUAACGACUAUGAGUUGCACCUCUUGAUGUCAUAUAUUGUUUCAUUCUUCGUUCCUGUGCCAUGUGUAUAGUGGUGUUCUGUAAUGAGUAUCACUUUGUUGUGCUAUUUUUGACCAAAAAUAAAGAUAUAUUUAAAAAAAAAAAAAAACAUAUUUUUGGGUCGACAAAUAGCUUACUGAAAAUUGUGGGAAAUGUAGUCCAAAUGUGUAGCGUUAGCACUAGUGGUGAUUAUGAUUCAAGCCAAAUCAACCUGAUAAAUGUUUUUUUUUAUUAUCUCUUUCAGUCUUACUUUGUUUCUGACUAUGAUCCAACAAUUGAAGACUCGUACACCAAAAUCUGCAAUAUUGAUGGGAAGCAAACCCGACUGGAUAGUAAGUAUCUGUUGCCCAGGAGUCCAUGCAUGAUAUGGUGAGGUUUCUUAUAGGGCAAUGUGUAAAAAAUGUUAAAAUUCCAAGAAAUCAUUGUAGACCAUAGAUGAGAUAUUUAUUCAUACAUUAUGUAACAAACCUUUAAAGGCCAGCAUUCAGUUUUUUAGUUUUAGAUAUCAAGAUAACCAUAUCGAGGUUUGCUUCACUAGCCAAUAUCCAAGUUCCAUGCAGCUGUAAAAACACAGCACAAGAACUUAAUGCGGGGCUUGACAAACUUGUUUGGAAUCUAGGAGCCAGCUAAAAAAGUUAGGAGCCAGUUUCUUUUUUUUUUUUUUUUUUUUAUGCUAACAAAGUUUAAUUUUCAACAAGAAAAAUGCAAUUCUUAAAGGGACACUAUAAUCACCAGAACCACAAUAUAUUAAUGUAGUUGUUCUGGUACCCUCUAGCCUGUCCCUGUAACCUUUUCAAUGCUAAAACUACCUUUUCUGAGAAAAGGCAGUGUUAACAUUGCUGCCUAGUAACACCUCUGGUGACAGUUACUCAGGUGGCCACUAGAGAGUCCUGUGUGCAGUACCUAUGUUCAGUGUCUCCAAGCUCUGCAUGGAGGCGCUGAAUGUUACCCAUAGAGAACAUGCACAAUAUCCUCACAAUACUUUCCUAUGGGAAAGCAUUGGCUUAGCUGAGAUCAUACAGAUUGACCGGCUGCUGAGUGGAUCUUUCCUUGGGGUCCAGUGGGGCUGCUGUCUAAUCUUCCUGCAGCUCCUCUCUGCUCUCUGUAGUGAUGCCCGGGCCGGAAUGGUGUCAUAUUCCGAUUACCGGCAUCACUAAACAGCGCACGAGGGAGCAGAGAGGAGCUGCAGAAAGAUUACUGCUCCCUUUCGUGCUGCAUCAGCCAGCCGCCUCCAUGCUUACAACCGCAACCACCUGCACUGCACUCCCGGCCGGCUCCGUUUUUCCCUUUAGCUCAAGAGCUGACAAAUCCCUGGCGCCCAAGCCCUGACUUACUGUAAUAACUAAUAACAACCGAUGCCUAAAAACUACUUGCUUCAUGGAAUUAAGAGUACGGGGUAAGUACACGGACAUCCGCUUAGCUUAUUCCCUACUAAUGGUGGGUCCUACAUAAAGUUGCAGGAAUAAUUUGAUGGUUCAACUUGGUGGCUUCUGGUUUGGCAACGUAUUCGUGGAUAUCAUGUUCAAGUUUCCUGGGCAGGAGACAUGUAACUCUGCACACUCUCCACCAGUUCUGUCCCCAUCCUACCUGAUUUCAGGCUACCCACUUCCAGCAGGAGGAAGGUGGAAAUUUCUGGGUCUGACACUCUACCAGUGUCAUGAAAUCCUUGCAGACUUAAUGAACAAUGGUGGAAUCCUAUACCAGGAGCUAAUUUUCUUAAAUGCCAGAAUACUACUCUAGGGCUACGGUAUUUACAUGCAAUUUUGUUUAUUUAGUUUUUUUUCACUAUUUGUAUCUGUGUGUAUUGUAUUUGUGUGCAAAUCAGACCAUAAUAUGUUAGAGGUAGAAGGUGUAUAAUGUUACUUCUCUAUGGGCACUAGAUACCUGGGCUCAAGGUAAGCUCUCCUGCCUGGGUGUGGGCUAUGACAAAUCCUGCGGGAGUAUUCCAGGAAUCUGCAGAAUGUGACACUGUGAUCUUUGCAAACAGUGUCAGUCUACAGAAAUGCAGAAACGUGAAGCAGAGGAUGUUGGCCUUUUUUUAUUUUAUUUUUUCCUUUUACAUUCAGAUUGAUUUCUCACUCAAUGUAGUCAUAAUUAAUUACUCAGAUCGGAUAUAUUAAAACAGAUCUUUUUUUUUUUUUUUUCAUUUUCUUAUAUAGCAUCAUACCAAACAAAAAUAACAAGUUUUUAAUAGAGGAAAUAAAAUGUAAGUUUCUCUUAUCGGGUAAUUACAGACAGGAAGCACUGUCCCUGGGACUGCCAACCUCUCGUUUAACAUUCCCUGUAAUUCCUAACAGCAGCACUGGCCUCUAGAACUCACUCACAUACCCUGAUGUCUCUAGUUGACCUUUGACUCAUGACCAUUGUUACCCACCAAGAAAUCUAAUCUUAACGAGGCAGUCUUAGUUGGGUGUCACAUCCUGCCCAUGAUUAGUGAGAUUUACACAUCUGGGCUCAGCUAUUUGCAGAUGUCCUCAUUAAUUCAACCCCUUUUUCAUUUAUGGUAUGCCAGGAGAUACGAAAGGAAGAGAGCAUCAAACGUUCUCUUCAGCUCCUUUUCUGGCAUAUCCGUAAUGUGAGAGCGAAUGAAUUAAGGAGAGAAGCCUGGGCUAGUAGCUGGAGUAAAUCCCAACCAAAUUGAUUAUAGAAACCCUAACCCUCGCUCUAAUCCUAAAAUUAUGUGAUCUGAAAGAUACAGAAUGCUGACAUAUGUAUGUUGGUGGAAAUCAUGCCAUAUUGGGGUUCUAGAGAGUUUAAAGUUAGUUUAUUAUGAUGGUUCCAGAAACAUUUCCUUUACUGUUUGUAUAAUGAUACAAAUAGAGCUAUUCACUAAACUGAGAAACGUAAAAGUGAAUUUCAAAUUUAAGGCCCGAGUUGCCGAAUUGACAGCAUAGCUUACUUAGAGAAUUCUUCCAGUUCGGCUCUUUUCCACUGACUUUGAAACGCGUGCACACACACGCACGUCUUUUUGUGUACAGCACUGUGGUUUUUAAAAUGCAUCACCGCAGGACAUCAUAACUGUGUGGUUACUUUUUGUAAGGGGAAGUAUAUCUUAACAAAAUCAUUUGCAGAAAUGUUUCACUUCUGCUGCUAUUAUCAUAAUUAGACCUAACCGUCGUGUAAAUGUCUCUUGGUCUAUGGGAGCGUAGCAGUCUGUUCAUUGUAGUUCUUUUCCCACCAAUGGUGCUGAUCACAGAGUGCAGCCGAACAGCAAUUAGCGGAUUAAACACAUCCUGUUUAUUCAUUAAUAACUGCAAAUUUACAUGCCUAACUAGUCAAACUAGAAAAAUUAUGCAAAUCAAUUAUUUUCCUGCUCACCUUUUUUGACUUAAAAUGUUAAAGGAUCAUUAUAGGAUCAGGAACACAAACAUGUGUUCCUGACCCUAUAGUGUUAAAACCACCAUUUAGGUGGCUUGGCCCCCUAUAAAAGUAUAAAACUCACCUUAUUUCCAGUGCCGUGCGGGUCCGCUGGCACGGGCCCCCGCUCCCUUUGUGACAUCAUCAAAAUGGCAGAUUUUUUUUAGCCAAUCCAAUGCUUUCCCAUAGGAAAAGCAUUGUUUGGCUAAAAUCGACAUGGGGGCAGGCCCAAAUGCAGUUUUGGCCAAUUAGGGGAACUAUUAUACUGAAGGGAACUAUACUGACCAGAACAACUACAUUAAUCUGUGGUUGUUCUGGUGACCAUAGUGUCCCUUUGAGUGCCAUUGUCAGUUCUUCACCGCUCUCGCUCUUGAUCCUAUCUAAUUAUGUUUGAGAUUCAGUCUUUAAUGGGACCCUAUAGCCACCAUCACCACUUCAAUUAGAUGGUGUGGUUAUGGUGCUUCUUAUCUUCAAUUGUUAGUCCAAUAGUUUAGAUUUAAUAGCAACUGGCAGGCCAAAAUUUUCAUUUAGCUUUUUUUAUUUAUUUUUUUCCAUGUUUGUUUUUUAUUGAGUUUUUGCAUGGUAAAAAGAAUAGGGAUACAGAAGGGAAAGUGGGAUUGGGGGUGCUUAUUUCCAUGUUACCCAUCACAAUUGACAAAUCGCAAUAUUACAAUCUCAUAUACAUUCGGUGCUAGACAGUAUAUACUGUUUAUAAUAUGGAUAAGGUGUGAUGUGCAUUAUUGUUUAGACAUUAGUGAAAUGGUAUCCUUGAUGGUAUUGUUGGUUGGCCCUCCCUUUAACAACUGAAAAGUAUGGUGUCAGAACUUUUCUAGUGUGUUCGUUUUUGUAUGCAGGAGCCAUGCACCUGUUAGAUUUGUGGAAUUGUGGUGGGGUAGUAGGGGGUGGGGAGCGGGGGGAAACUAAAAAGUUCUAACUUGUUACUUAAGAUGAACUCUUGAUGAAAUGUCUUCGGAAAUAUGCCUUAUGUGUAGAAUAGCCAACUAAGCUAGGAUGGGGUUUUGUCCCUUGGUCCUGUAUUUUCUGGGUAUAGGUUGUGCGGGACUAUGCCUGUGCCCACUAGGUGGUGUUUUUGAGGGUUUUUUACUGCCGUACGGGAUGUGUGCCAGCUUGCCCAUCUUUUGUCAUAUUUUUCUAUUUGACCAUUCAUUCUAUACGCCAUUAAUUCAUAAUCUGCUAUGGAGUCCAAUCUGUUCCAUAUCUCAGAGGGGGAGGGAGGGUGUUUCUUCUUCCACUGACUGGCUAUGCUAGUUUUUGCAGCUGUUAACAGGUUUAUAAGGACAUAGCUAGUAGUGUCUGAUAGCAUUCUGGUGUACUUGGUCAUUUCGCUUUUUUUAUAGGUCAGAAAAGCACAACUGGCAAACAAUACUUGGCAGUUGAUACCAGUUUGACGGUUUUGACGUUUAAUUUGCAGUUUUUCCUUGUUUUUACAAUUCAGUGAAUAAAAUGCAGUUCCUGGAAAUUGAUGUAUUUGUUAUGCUCUUUCCUUGCUAUUAGUUUUGGACACUGCGGGGCAAGAGGAGUUUGGUGCAAUGAGGGAACAGUACAUGCGCACAGGCGAGGGUUUCCUUCUUAUCUACGCAAUUAAUGAUCGAGGAAGGUAUGUGGAUUCAAUUCGGUCUUAACGUGAUGUAAUCAUUUAUUUCAGCCCAUGGUUUUUCUAAUUUUUUUUUUUUUUCUUCAAGAAAAUAUUCUCUCUCUGCCUCCCUCCUCUCUCUGCCCCCUCCCCCCUCUCUCCUCUCUCUCUGCCCCCUCUCUGUCUGCCCCCCCCUCUCUCUCUGCCCCCCCUCUCUCUCUGCCCCCCCCUUCUCUUGGAGUGGAGCCAGCACAGUUUUCCCACCACAUUAAGAUUUGCUAUAUUGUGUUUUACUUACUCUAAUCUAUACAAGCACCAUAACCGCUGUAGUUUGCCAAAAUGGUGACAUGGGUCCUCUGGCGCUGUCUCUGGAUACAAGCAAAACUGGUUUCAAAUGACUUGAUAAGUAUCUGGGUCCCCUCUUCAGAUAUCACUACCUUAGAGACAUCCGUUCUGCCUGCCUUUUGUGGAAAUGUAUUAUGACGAGAAUGUUGGUUGACACUGUAGUGGUCAUGAUGCUUAGUGCCCCUUUAGCAAGCUGGUAUACCUUUUUAUAUUAUAUUCUAUCAUAUUACAAUUGAAGUAUGCGUAACUGAGAUGCUCUAGUUGAAUAAUGGGUUGCCAAGCUUAUGCCAUGUACAUUUUUUUUUUUUUUGUCAAAAAAUGUGUUAAGAACCACCAUUUAAUGUAUAGCUUUCCUUUUGUGUAGUCCUCCUUUAUACUGUAUGCUCUUAUAAAUGCUCUGUAUGUUUCUCCCCCCAGUUUUAACGAAAUCAGCAAGUUCCACACACAGAUUCUCCGUGUCAAAGACCGAGAUGAAUUUCCAAUGAUUCUGGUUGGGAACAAAGCAGAUUUGGAUCUCCAGAGACAAGUGAGACCUAUUCUAGAGCUUUGCAAACUAAUCUUAGAACAGAAUGCCUUCAAAUAUUUUAUUUUUACGUAUCGCUACUGGUACACAGGUGUCACAGUUUAAAAGCACUGAGCCACUGGUAAACUCCCCUGUGCCAUCAAAGUAAGAAUCAACAAGUUUUGUUGUGAUCUUUCAUUAAAACAUUUGUGUCUUUUUAAAUGGGUCAGCAGCAUCAAGUAACACUGUAACAUGCUGUGUAAAAUGUGUGAGAGAACGGAGUAUGUGCUAGUUAAACAUUUUACUUUAAGAGUGCACAUCAGACAAUCUUAAUCCAGAUCAGAUAGAAUUGUAUAUACCCAGCAAGUGUUACUUUUCACUUGGUAACAGUUCCAUUCUCUUUUACCCCAGAGUACUGAACUGAAGUGUUUACUAGGGUAAGGUCUGCAGCGGUGGUUGGCACAAAAUACACCUGCCUCUCCUGUACUUUCAGACAAUCUUGCGCCUAUUUCUUCUUAAUACAACAAAUAUGUGCACAAUGUGGAAAAUAGUGAAUCCGAAGCUCUAUACACCUCAAAGUGGUGUCCCCUCUACCACUUUAAAAUCAACAGUAUACAUACAAAAACAAGAUGGAGCUUCUUAAAAUGGCAAUGAAACAGAUAUUCUGGAAAAUAAAAUAUAAACAAUAGCGCAAUACAGUAGUGCAAAGGAAAUUGGAAAUGUAUAUACAGUGGAUUUUUCACUCACAAGCCUGGAGUCAUAAUCUCAUAUGACUCGGAUGGUGUAUGCCUUUGGACCAUUUCAGGAUGUCCAAAUCCUUCUUAUAUAUCCUCCAAAUCCUUCUUAUAUAGCCCUAUUUAAACCACAAAUUGUUAUAUUUGAAUUUAUUUUAACAUUUUUUAUUAUAAGUUUUUAUUUUGAAUAAAGCAUCACCCUUUUGGAAAUUUACCACUGACCUGGCACUUUUGUCUGUGAGUUGGUUAAAGGGGAAGCUAAACGGAAUCCUGAAAUGGUCCAAAGGCAUACACCAUCCGAGUCAUAUGAGAUUAUGACUCCAGGCUUGUGAGUGAAAAAUCCACUGUAUAUACAUUUCCAAUUUCCUUUGCACUACUGUAUUGCGCUAUUGUUUAUAUUUUAUUUUCCAGAAUAUCUGUUUCAUUGCCAUUUUAAGAAGCUCCAUCUUGUUUUUGUAUGUAUACUAUUUCUUCUUAAGAUGGUUUUUUACGGCAUGAUUCUCUCCUUGUUUGCCAUUACUGAUCACAUGAUGCAAAUAAUUAUUCGAUAUUGUGAAUUUGCAUUGAAUGCCAAGCGGUGUCAGUAGUGUGUUGUAUUCAAUACAAGCCAAAAUUGAAGUACAUUCUAUACUACACAGUGUCUAUAGGUACCAGAUUGUGAUGCUUAAGGGAUAAUUGAUGUGGUUCUUAUUAAGGGGAAAUGUACUAUAAUGUCAAAAGCUGGUGUUGCAAGUCUCUCUUGUCCACCACUCCUGAUUAUUAGUUAGUUUAUUUUCAGGUUAAUUUGUUCUAACUGUUAGUUUACCCAAUUUCCUUCUUUUUCUUUAGGUGACCAAAGAGGAAGCCUUAAGCUUCGCACGGGAGAAUCGGAUCCCUUAUAUGGAGGCUUCUGCUAAACUGCGAUUAAACGUGGAUGAAUCAUUUCAUGAACUUGUUCGAGCAAUCAGGUAACUUUUCUUGUCUGUUCCCACAUCCAUGUGUAACAGGAAAAAUAAGGUUCAUUUUGAUCAGGACUAACACAUAGCAUAGUAAACGUUAAUUUACUAAACUGUGAAUUGUGCUGUACUCUAAGCUGAAUUGGCUUAAUUGGUUAAAAACCGCUUGCAAAACCUGCAAAUCUCAUGUUUGCAGCCUUUACAAGCCCUCCCCUUCAAACUCCCUCCAGACUUUCUGUUGCUGUCCAAUCACAGACUUCCCAAUGCAGCUCAAUGUGAAGUCUUUGCAAGGCAGAUGCUCUUGAUUUUAACUCUUCCAAAUUAAAGUGGCUCAUGGGUCAUUCAUAUCCCCCCAGACUCUCUUGCUUUUAAAUCUCCCCCAUUUAUUUAUUUUUACCAUAUGAUACUGGCAUCUGAUCUUUACCAGAUGUGUUAAUAUUGGGUCCUUCACAAAAAUGUGUGUGGAAAACUGUUAUCAGUAUUCACUUAUACCUGAAAUUGAGAAGAGAAUUUCAAAUUUUAAACCAAGAUACCCUAGCUGUAAAAAUCAUGCAUUUAGGGGAAUAAAAAAACCUCAUGGCUGAUUUUUAUCUAGAUCUUUUACCGUUUCCUUAUCUCCUAGAUUCUCCAUUUAGUGCAUAACCCGACUUUUAGUGUUUAAUCAAACGGCUCCGUAUAGAGCAGAAACUUCACUGUCAACUGAAUGACAAUUUUAUACAAAAUAACUUUAUUAUUAUGCUCCAUCGAGAAAAUAAUAGAAAUAUCUGAUUAUUUGAUAGAUGCAUUUUGAAUACUUUACCAAGCAGGUGCAGUUAACCUACAAAUGACUGAUGUUAAUUGAAUUGAAAACACUUGUCACUAAGUAAAUCAAACAGGAUCUGUCUGCAAAAAAAUAACUGCAGGUACAAUAUCGGCCACCUUUUCAUAUUAGGAUUAGUUUGUUACAUUCAUUGGAAUACUGUUGAUUGUACCAUCUUCUAUAAAGAGCAAUUACACAAUGAAACCAGCUAUACUCAAUAUGUCACUCGUGCCUCUGGUAAUUCUCAUCCGCUGCCUAGCACAUCGCAUGACACUUUAUUUUUUUAUUUUUUUAAAGGGACACUUUUUAAAGGGACACUUUUAGCAGUUUUGCAUGUUACAUACAGGCUAUUACAUGAAAACAUAUGCUCUACACACAUUUACCCUGUCGUGUAAAUAUUUUUUUUUUUUUUUGGGCCAUUUUUAUAAGGAAGAAUAUUAAAGGGACACUAAUCACCAAAACAACUUCAGUUUAAAUGAAGCAGUUUUGGUGUAUAGAACAUGCCCCUGCAGUCUCACUGCUCAAUCCUCUGCCAUUUAGGAGUUCAAUCACUUUGUUUAUGCAGCCUUAGGCACACCUUCUUGCAUGACAGAGCAAAGAGAGGAGGUAGCAUUGUUAUUUAUGUUAAGUCCAUAAAAGUUACUCCUUUUAAAAAACCAUAACUCCCCUUCUGCCUUUGAUUUCCUUUCUGGCACAAUCAAGAUCCAUUUCAGUAAAGCGAUUAUUGUUGCUGGAAUCUACCGCCAACCUAGCUCUCCGGUGCUCUCCCUUUCUGACAUAACCUUAGUGAAACUGUAGCUCAAAACCCAAAAAGUGAACUGUUGGUUUUUGGAGAUUUUAAUAUUGAUUGGCUGAAUCCUAAAAAUAAUAACUUAUGUACGCUGUUUAAGACUUUGCAGCUAACCCAAUUAAUUUCCUCCCCAACUCGCAUUAAUAUUAAAAGCCAGAACCAUACCUUGGCUAGAUUGGAUUCUCUCCAGUUGUCCUGACAGAAUCCAGGAGGCAGACGUUCUCCCUAACAGUUUCAGUGACCACUGUCUAGUGUACUGCAUACACAACAUAAAGGCCACUAAAUCGCCUCCCAAGAUUAUAAUCCCCAGGUCUUUCAAGAAAUUUAACCUUAAAUCCUUUUUAAACGAUCUCAAGAACAUACCAUGGCAAAGAUUAAGUCUAAUCCCAGAUCUAGGCUCUGCAAUUGCAUUUUUUCAGUCAGUGCUCGUGCUUGUUUGGAAUCUGCAUGCCCCUCUGCGUAAAGUGCGAAUAAAAGGGACACACCUGCCCUGGGUUACAGCUGACCUCAUUCAAAUAUACCAGUUAAGAGAUUCACUGUGGUCAAAGCUCAAGCGUACUGGCUCCAUGAACGAUCACUGUACUUACAGACAAUGGUGAAAUGCAUGCACAAAACAAACAAAAAUGGCCCAAUAUUUCUGUGGAAAUUUGAACAACCUUUCAAACUCAAGAAACUGUUGAAAAUCAUAAAUAGCGUACAAACCCCCACAAUCCACUCCCAACCCUCCACUGUCAAAAUAGACAACCAAACACUUCAACACCCCCUAGAUAUAGCAAAUGCAUUUAAUAAUUAUUUUGUUGGAUGAUAACAAAUGACAAUCAUUUUCUGAACACAAAGAUCAGGCCCUAGUAAAUCUUCAAAAUCCUCACAUAGAGAAAUUCAAUUUUAGACCUGUGCCUGUUAGUUUCGUUAAUAAACAUCUUAAUAAUUUAAAAAUGAAAAAACAGUGUGGACCAGAUCAAAUCCCAGCAAUGUUGCUGAAACUCAGGGCGCCAGCAAUUGCUAAACCUGUCACUACCUUUAUCAAUGAAUCCCUGGUGUCUGGAUACAUACCCAAACUUUGGAAAACUGCAAAAGUAGUAUCUAUCAAUAAGGUGGUGACAAUACUUUGGUAUCUUACUAUCGCCCGAUAUCAUUGCUCCCGGUAUUGUCAGAAAUCUUGGAAAAAUUCGUCCACACGCAACUAUAUGAAUAUUAUCAAUGAUCAAAUUAUCUGACCCCUGAUCAAUCAGGCUUUCGUCCAAAUCACUCAACUUUGACUGCCCUCUUAAAGGUUUGCAAUGACAUCCAAAUUGGCAUGGAGCUAUUUUCCUUCAUUUUGCCAAGGCCUUUGACACAGUAGAUGGCAUUCUUUUGCAAAAAUUUAAAAACUCAGGCAUUGUCCGCUAACCUGGUUUUGAUCAUAUGUUUCAGACCGAUUGCAAUAUGUGGCUAUUUCUGAUAACUCCUCCCUCUUCCAGUCAUGUGUGGUGUUCCCCAAGGCUCCAUAUUUGGCCCCCUGCUAUUCACAUUAUUUAUAAAUGAUCUGCCUAAUGUCUGCAAAUCCUCAACUGUACACAUGUAUGCAGACAACACUGUAAUCUACUCUAGUAAACCCAGGUUACCGCAGCUUGAGGCUGUGCUCCAAAACCAAUUCACAGAAGUAGAAAAGUGGAUAGUGGAUAACAAACUCUUCCUAAACACUGACAAAACAGGUACAAUGAUCUUUGGAACUGUACCGAAAUUAUGUAAAGUACAAAAUCAACAACUAUGUAUCAGAACAAAUUGAAAUAGCACACUGACAGCAGUCUGUUCUUUUAAAUAUCUAGGUAUGUUGCUAGACCCCAAUCUAACCUUUGGCCUUCACAUUGAAAAAAUCUCUUCAAAACCUUACCCAAAACUAGGUGCCCUGUACAGAAACAAAUCCUGCCUAAGCCCUACAGUAAGGAAACAGAUACAUAGUGUAACAAAUGCUAAUGCUGGUCAUUGAUUAUGGUUAUGUUUUCAUGCUCCUGCAUCGCAAACCUACCUUAAUAAACGUAAUACGUUAUAUAAUUCAUUCUGACACUUUGUACUAGAAUGUAAUUACUUUACCCACCAUUGUGACAUGUUAAAAGAGCUAAACUGGCUAUCGCUGGAAUCCCGACGCACUCUUCAUCUUUCCAGCCUUGUGCAUAAGAGCAUUAAUGGGAAGCUCCCACCCUACCGGAGUAGAAUGCUCUCCUAGCUGUUCCCACCUCCUAUAAUCUCCAAUCCAGUACCAGCAAGAUAUUUAGCAUACCGCAAUACAAAAAUGUCUCGAUCUUCAUUUUCCUUCAGAGCACCGCAAUUAUGGAAUAACCUCAGGGACACAGUCAAAUCUUCAUUCAAUCUAAAAUCUUUUAAGAGAUCUAUGGCAAUAUACCUCAGCACAGAAUGCACCUGUCAUGGCUGAAUAUAUUUAUCACCUGUUCUAUGUUAAAUUUCUGUGUGUGUGUGUGUGUGUGUGUGUGUAUGUAUGUAUAUUAUUAUAGUAUUUUUUUUGUAAUAUUAUAUCCUAUUGUAACUUUACAAUGUUUUGUGAACCCAGGACAUACUUGAAAAUGAGAGAAAUCUCAAUGUAUCCAUCCUGGUUAAAUAUUUUAUAAAUAAAUGUGACUUACAUAGCCUUUCUAAACACUUCCUGUAAAGUGUCAUCUAACUUCCUUUAUUGUAAAUUCUGAUUAAAGGAGACUUUUUUAUUUUAUUUUUUUAUUUUAUUUUAAAUCUCCUGCUCUGUAAAUAGCUUGCUAGACCCUGCAGGAGCCCUUGUAAUUAAAGCUCAAAUUACAGAGCAGGCCAUAAAAUUUUAAAUGAAUCUUAUUGAAAAUGAAACCAUUUUAUUUGUUUAUUCAUGCAGACUGUGUCAGUCACAUCCAGGGGAUGUUUUGCCAGGGCUGCAUAAGAGAAUUGAGCAGUGAAACUUCAGAGGCAUGAUCUCUACAGAAAAACGGCUUUAUUAUCUAAAGUUGUUUUGGUAACUGUAGUGUCGCUUUAAUACAAUGCGUGAUUUUUACAUCUUUACUUCAGCUUCACGUGUAGCCAUUUUGUGCACUUUCCACCAGUUUUAUGAUUUUUAUUGUGUAGUGAUUUAGUUUACAGUUGCAGUAUAAAUGGGAGGCAUCUCGAUGCCAUCAUCAGAAGAAACCCCUUCCCAAUACAACCCAGUAUGGCAGCUUCUAAGAAAGUAAUAUACUGGGUACUUUUACUCAAGUUGUCCUUGGGAGUGGGCUGAACCUGCAUGUUGUUUUGGCCCCAAACCCUAAACAGACACAUGGGAGAUGAGGUGUGCCAAAUCAAUAAAACCAUGGAAACCUACUUGCAAAUAGUCUGGACUCAGUGGACCUUAGGUUCGUUGACUCACAAACAACCAGAGGACAGGUUAGUUCAUUAAUAAUGUGUGCAAUCAGUAAUGUCUGCUCAUACCAGCAGCUCCUUACCAGCAGCUAUAGUGUCUCAUCAAAAGAGCCCCAUUACCCUGGAGGGGCAUAGGGGAAGACAGACAAAUUAUAAAUGUAUAAACUGCAGUAAAAUAAUAGACAAAGCAGAAAAAUGGGUAUCCCUCAAGUAAAAUGAGACGCUAAGCGCUAGUUGCAAACAUGCAUCAAAGAAAACAUUACAUUGCCCCAAGGCGCCUGAAACUCGAGAACCUAGUACUUUUAUCAUGAGCCUGGGUUAACGCGGUGAUCAGAAGAUUAAUGCUAGACAGCUUGGAUUUAAUAAGCAUUUAAUAAGCCAAAUGGAAAAAUAUAAACCUUUAACAUGUCCCUUUUGUAAUGGUCCAAAUGGAAAUAAUAAUAAUAGUCUUGGAAAGUCAGAUCUGGGAAUGGUAAAGGUCUUUCUCUGCUUUGCAACUUGAUGGAUGGCUGAGCUCAGCCAAUGAUCAAGAAACACAUGGCGAAUUCAGAAAUAAAAAGCUAAUGCAAUAGGUGGUAAUUAAGAACGGUCUGUACUCCAGAGUUGCUUAAAUGGUCAAUAGAAUUAAACUUGUAACGAGUUGCAGAAUAUACCGGUGCUAUAUAAAUGCUCAUAUACACAAAACACUUUUAAAUUAGAUGUGUUCCUUUGAGAUUUUCUAAUUUCUAGACACCAUUUUUCUUUUUUUAAUUAAAAAAACAAAACAAAAAGAAAAAAAAAAACCCAUUAACUUAACUUUGUCUUUAUUACAAUGGCUGGACAGACUCCUCACGGCGGCCCGGUCCUCCUGCGGUGAGGUUAUCAAGCCUGAUAAUGGUUUUCAGUCUGAUGGUUCUGAUACUCAUUGAGACGCGUUGGAUGCACAGCAGCGUCUGGCAAACAUACUUUGCAUAGUGACGCAGGACGUCAAAUGGAUUCAAUAAUUGAACUUAUUUCCAUCUGAAACUACCAGCGUUUGCCAAAAAAUCUCACUGUUUUAUGUGCAAGGCUGCAAAGGCAGCAUCUAUGCCCUAAAAAUAAUUUUAUCAAGGUGAAGUAAUUUUGAUGUUGACUCUGUCCCAGUAACGAUGGCAGGUGUGAUUAGAAGUAAUAAAAAGAACCAAAAAAGGGUUAAUUUCAAGUCAUGUUUUUAAAUUUUAUUUUAAUUUUUAACUUUAUUUUUUGUGUAUUAGGUGAGAUAAGUGUCACACAAGAUGUACUGUUUUGUAUAGCUUUAGAAAGUAAUGUUUUAGGGUGAGCUAAUCAGCUUUUUGACUGGUGACUAAUUUUGCUCCCAGAGUGAAUGAUCUGUAUAGCAUUAGCUCAUUCAGUGCUUCAUGGAUUUAACUCCUUCUUGACAUAUGACGUGCUAGGACAAUCCUGAUCCAAAAGGAUCUGCCCAACAUUUGAUCCUGCAGAGGUUAAAAUUGAAAUGAUCUCAUCUGAGGAAAAAAAAAUAGGUCACAGCCAUGUCAAGAUCCAUUUAUCCUCCUUUUUAUUUUUUUUUAUUUUUUUAAAUAAAAGCUCUCAUGUGGCAUUAACUCUUUCACUCACAGGUGACUUUAAACAGUAAAAAUAUAUUUUUCACAUUUUUUUUUUUUAUCGAAUUUGCAUUUAAUAAAACAAUGUUUUUUGUUUACAUGGUAUUUAUUAAUUUAAAAAAAAUUAUAUAUAAUUUUUUACAUUUUUGUAUUUUACUGCCCAACCUAACUUUCCUGAUGCUGCAUUUUCACACAGAGCAAUCUCAAUAGGCAAGUUAGGUUGAACAGCGUUUGGUCAGAUAAAAGUAGACCCUGACCCUACAUGGCUGGUCAGCUAAAUAAAAAUUAAAAAAAUACAUUUUCUUUAAAAAAAUAAAAAAAACUCAAACAUAAUUUAAACAAAAAUCAUUAAGUGUCAUUAAAUGUAAUACAUGUUUUAAAGAGGAGAGAAGUGAAAAUUUUGAUGACGGUUUUCCUUUAAAGGCUUUUAAAAAUGAGAAAUAGCACGGUUUCUAUUGAAUGAUGUCUUUCACAUCCUUGAGUAUUUAAUAAAAUAAAAUUCACAUUCACCAUUUUGUUUAUAUAUGUUUCAGUGCUUGAACAUAUAUGGAAUUUAAUUUGCGAAUGUUCAGCUUAAGCAGGCAGGGAUGAUUCAAUUCUGAACUAUUAACCCCUUAAGGACAGAGGAAAUAUUAUGACCAAAACAAAACCUAGAAUUUAAACUAUAUAUCUGUCCAACCAUAACUGACCUCUUUUAUAUUAAGUGCACCCACACAUAUUAUAUCUUUUUUUUUUUUUUCAGGAAAAACCAGGCUUUCAUUGCACAUCAAAUAUUUAUAUAUGAAACCUAAUUUAAUAUGGAUAAAAUCUAAAAAAUAUGUGAGAAAUAAAUUAAUACAUUUUAUCUUUCAAGUUCUGCGUGGCAUUUUCACUGAAUGUCAUAAUACUGUUAGUUUGUUUACGGCAAUAAAACACACAUCUUUGUGUUCAGCAAUGUCUCACAAGUAAUAGACUACCCCCCGUGUACAGGUUUUAUAUGGUUUUGGAAAGUUACUGCGUCAAAUAUCAGGCUUUUCAAUUUUUACACAUUUUGCCAGAUUAGUUUGUUGGGCCUAUGUUGCAUUUGAGACUGUAUGGCAGCCCAAAACUAACAAUUCGCUCCAUGAUGGCAUACCAUUUGCAAAAGUAGACAACACAGGGUAUUGAAAAUGGGGGUAUGUCCAGUCUUUUAUAGUAGCCACUUCGUGUUUUCGCAUUUUUCAAACAAGGGCCACACUUUCACUGAUGCUAUCGUGGUCAUACGUUUUACUGCUCUAAAACACUUAUAUUUAUGUGUGCGUAUUUGGGGGGGGGGAGGAAGGACCCAAUCAUUAGGGUGUGCUAGGCUGCCCGAACAGCAUUAAAGACCUCCUUUUGUCCGACUGCACAGCACGUCCUAACGUCAGGAAGGGAUCAAAGAGAUUUUAAAAGAGAAACUGUGAUGUUUAUGUGUGUGAUACUUUAUAGUUUAUUAACCCCUGUACACACUAUUAAUGUGCAUGGCGUUGUGAAAUAGCAGUCAGUCAGAACUAUAUAAAAUUCUAUUUUGAAUUGUGUCCAAAUUUUCCAGAUCUAUGUGUAAUUCUGCUUAUAUUCCCUGAUUCCCCAGUUAUAGCAAGUUAUGUGAACUGAGGGGAGACCAAGCUCUAUUUACUUCAAUGGUAAAUACUUUCAGAAUUUAUCUACGAGAUAAUGGAGAGAGGUUUCCCCAAAUGAUACCGGAAUCAUGGGAAUUGUAAAUAUAUUUACAUAGAAUGCCCUGGCUGCACCUUCAGAUGGCAGAAGUGGCAGUCAUCUCAAGUCACUGUGUGAUGAUCGAUGACUUACUCUUGAUCACCUAACAGAGUGGCUCUGUCACAUGGUUUGAGAUGAACUGGGGCAAAGUGUUACGUGAGCUCAUGUUUAAACGUGUUCUUGCUGCACUUAAAAUGAGUUUAUAGGGCAUUUCAGACCAAUCGCAAACCACUGAGCAAUGCCUGUUUGGGCAGAACAGUCUGACCACCCUGCCAGGCAGUUUUUUUAUCCUGGUUGGCACGCCUCCGUUAUGGGCAAACCUAUAAUUAGUGAUUAAAAUUGCAACAACAAAAAAACAAGAAUAUGAGAACUCUGAAGACAAAAGCUUAUAGAAACUCCGUAGCUUGCCCCUUUGGUAAAUACCCACUCAUACCUCAAAAUAGUUUUUGCUCAUUUGUGCAUUACAGAGAGAACCUUCUCCGAAGCUUAUCAGACUGAUCCACCAGUAAGGGCAGUCCACAACCAAAAUGCCAGCCAGUUUUCUCUGUAUGAGAAAUACAGCAUCUCAAGACAAUCAUUUGGGCUUUGUCUUUAGGAGGCUCCUGCAGUGUCUAGAAGGUUAUCAAGAGAGCAGGACAUACAUUCUAAAACCAGAGAGCUUUGACUUCUAGCAAUAUUAAAUCAUGGUUAACCUCUGUACAGAAAUACUGUUCUAUUUACACGUCUGGAGCUUAUCACUAACCAUAACCAGGACAUGGCAAUGUUAGCUGACUGAUAGCCUUUCUGAAUGGUAAAACCUAUAAAAUGUAAUUUUAUUUUUUGUCUCGUUGGUUUGUGUCAUGUUUGUGUAUGUACUUAUGUGUAGUAUAUGUAUAUUUUGUAUGUGUUUUUUAAAUGCAGUCUUUUACAGUCUUGUAAGCGUGGAUUUAUUGGUUAGAACUUGUUCUUCAAACAGUCCUUUUUAAAAGAAUAUUGCCAUUCCAUUUUUUUACUUAAGUUGUACAUAAUAUCGAAAACUUUAAAAAAAAAAAAAUUACUUUUAUUUUCUAGGAAAUUCCAGGAGUUGGAGAGCCCCCCUACUCCGACUAUGAACACCAAGAAGAAAGAACCCAAAUCGUGCCCCUGCGUGAUCCUGUAACAGAUUGGUUUUGCAAGCCCAGGGGCCAGAAAAUAUGGCACAGAAAUACAAAGGGGGAGCACGAUGCGAUAAUUGAAAAUCUGCUUUGUUCCUGUAGCCAAACUCCACGUUUACUGGCCCUCUUCAGCCAAGUGCAGUAUGCAGAAACCUGGAAAUCUUCAUCUGAACAAUUGCUUUUUCUUUUUUUUUUUUUCUUUGCUGUCACGUGAUCACAUGACCUGCCAGCAUCUCCGUCCCCCACUGGCCCAGCCACGAGGGCCAGAGCCACAUAUAAAGACGGAAUAUUUUCCUUUGGGGACGGAGUUCUAUAUUUUUACUACUGCAGAAAAAAGGGCAGUUUGCACACUCUUAAAUCAUUAGUGCUGAUGCUUCAGUGUUCCUGUGUACUGGGAUCUGCAUGUAAAUAUAUAUUCUGUAUAUAUAUUUUAUAUAUAUUUUAUGUUCUCUUAUUUUAGUAUUUUAUGAGCUGCUCAUAAGCAAAGGGGUCUCAUACAUUUUAACUACACCAGCAAAGUACAACAAUUUUUUUAUUUUUUUUUGUGGGGGGAGAGGAGGUUGAAGUUUAAUCACUUUUAUACAAUGAAGUUAUUAAUCUAAAUAUUGAAUAUACCGUUUAAGCUUUUGUUUUCUUGUUAAGUCUGCACUACAACGCGCCUUCUCUUUGCUAGCAUGAGCCGCUAUGGCCAAUCAAGAGAAUAAUUGCAGCAUUUUAUGGCAGAAAACCAAGGUGGAGUUUUGCAGAGCUAGAAUAAUCCUUAAUAACUGCUUUCACAUUGGAUGAUAAAAUAAUUUCAGUCAUUUUUGGAACAAAUGUGUCGAACCCAGUCCUUAAGAGCCAUGAUCCUGCCAAAGUUCCGGGUUGUUUUACUUAACCGGUAAUAAAAUAACUAAUAUUGUGUAUCACUGAACCAUGCGCCAGGCGUUGGCCUUAAAACGCUUAUUGUGUAUCUGGAACCUUUGUGGUGGUCUGCAGUUGGACAGUACAUUGCAUUCACAUGAAAUGAUGGAUUGGUUCUUAGACAAAGUCACCCAUAAUAUGGUACAGUGAUGUUUUUAAGAAUCACUUUUUGGUUGUACGACCAGUAAAUGUAUAGAAGUAGAGUUUAUACUUUCCACAUUUCGGGGUAGAUCUGCUUCAUGCGCAUGCUUUUAUUAUCGGGAAACAUUCAGCGCACUAAGCAUGCAUUGCAUGUUACCCAACAUGCUUUGCGUAUUGGGCAAAUUUAAAGACUUAAACACCCACCGUGCCUAGUGCGUAUAAACUGAUAUAAGCAAAUAUAUACAUUGGCUAGAACUGUGUUUAGAUUAAUGGCUUGUUUAAAAUGAUUCACUUUAUAUGUAAAAGAAAUUUGAGUGAAAUGCUCAGUGAGCCUGAUCCUGGUUUGCGCAAUAUUGGCAAUAGGGGUAAAAUUGUGAAGUCCCUAAAUAUUGAGCACUAGUCAUCGAUAGGUACUGGGUUAAGAAUCAGUGCUAUAAUGGGUUCUGUUAAUGUGUGUAAUGGGAAAAAUAAGUUUGGUGCAUUUUGUAUUUUAUUUUUUUCCCAACGAUUCUUCCUGUUCACCCACUUGCACAACCUAGGACACCACUCCAUUAAUUUAAGAAACCAUUCAAUAGGCGUCUCUACAUGUAUAUAUAUUUUUUGUUUCUCUUUAACCUUAAAGCUGAACAUGUAUGACCACAUUGCCUUAAGCAAGGACUUCCACUGGGAAUUUUCCAUGGUGAAGGUACACUUACACACUUAAGUAGUUUCUUUUUAGGAUUAUGCACAAAGCUAGGGAUGAUGGGAAAUACAAACUGAUUUGCAUGAAAUGCCAAGGCAGUGCCUUAUCAGACAAUAACUGUGAUCCAAAUACAUAAAUUGUUUGUAUGUGUAUCUACAUAUAUAUAUAUAUGUAUAGAGACUUCUUAUGUGCAAGAUUAGGGUGCAGAACAUUUACUCCUCCUGCAUGCAAUGAGUUAAACAAGCCUUUAUACAGAACAAAUGAUAUGACCUAAAGACUGAGUUCUUGUGUAAUGAUCUCCCAACAGGUUUUCACCCCCUCCAGGCACCCAUUUCAAUAGGUUGGGCUGUAACACGUACUAUGGUUUGUUAAAACUGUGAUGUAAUUGAAGAAUUAAGUCACGUGGGUGGAGUACAAGAAUCUAUGUAUGUUUCAUGUCAAUGCUAGGGUUUCUAGGCUUAAAAGCUUAAUAAAAGAAAACUUCAACUCCUGUUAUUACUACAGCUGAAAAUUUCUAUUCUAGGCUUGUACACUUGGGAGGGUUUUUUUUUUUUUUUUGUUAAAACAUAUGACAAAUUCAGUAAAUAGCAACUCGGGCCUUAAUUUUGUACAUCUGAUUUUAAACUUACUGAAUUUUGGGUAGAGGGUGAUCUAAAUGUUGUCCCUUUUUGCAAUUGAUUUGUCAACUCAUAAUAACCCUAUUCUUCAGAAAAUAAAAUCCUGUUCUUAUCUCACCCUCAUUUGGUUAAAAAAAAAAAAAAAUUAUAGUAAAAGGAUAGAUUAUAAACAUUUUAAAAUUGAGCUGUUUACAAAAGGCACACUGGUUUAAACCAGUAAACCGUUAAAUUAAGGUGAACUAUAUAAAUCAGCUAAUUGGGCUACAAAUAAAAACCCCACCCUUGUGGACGCUGUGACAUGGCCCAAAUCUGUCAGUUGUUCCCAGUUAGAGGUGCAAGGAGACCUCCUCCUCUAACAAUGGAUCAUUGGCUUACUAAGGGUUCACCAUUUAUUUGUAGAAUCCGGUAUAGUCCGGAAGGGAAGGUAGCAUAAGUAAGAGAACUUGGCAGAGGUCUAAUUGGUAAAUCUACCUUGGCAAUCGAUCAGCUUGGCUUUGGAGACAUCUGCAGCCAUUACUUCAGUAUGAAUUUUACAAAUUCUUUGCUUUGCCAAAAAAAAAGUCAGAUUACAAUUGUUCUUCAUAAUCUGUUUUGUAUAAAUAUUGUAUGACACUAAAGAGAAGUCACUGUGAUAUCUUUAUUUUAUUUCUUUUGUACUUGUAGAGAGGAAUAUUUUGCAAAUGGUACUGUGCUCUCCUGUAAUAUCCUUCAUUUUCCAAAUCACUACACCAUUCGAUGGAAUAAAUAAUUUUUGUUCUUCUAUAUACAGAUCAAACUUUAAUUUUUAUAUGUAUAUAUUUUUGACUUUUUGUUAAGAUUAUCUGUUUUAUACAGGCUUGCUUCAGUUCAAAUAAUUAUAUCUUCCAUGUAACUCUUUCUCCACCACAGAUAUGGUUAUAAGUUGAGAUAUGUUCAG